GAGAUGAUAAUGAAUGCGGAGGAGAGGUCUAAGAGGCGAUUAAUCAUUGAAUGCAAUCGACUUAAGCGAAAAAAGUUGUCUAAUAUUAAACAGCUUAAGAAAACUCCUACACCUCAUUACUACAUGGACUCAGCAUCCAAUUCCUCAUUAGAUAAUCAGCACAACAUUGUCACAUCUACGAGCACCACCACCAGUACUUCUAUGUCUAUCGAUAAUGUAUAUAAUAACAUCUUGGACAUUUCCUUCAAAUCAAAUGAUAACUGCAAUGAGAAACUAUAUGAGAGGGCAUUCACACUGGGAAUGGAUGUCAUGUCCAUCGCCCGACCCAUCACUGACUACAACACGACAUUCAAUGAGUUAGAGGGCUAUAAGUUUACGGAACUCAUUAGUGCCGCAAAUAUUAUGACCGCAAAUGUGUCCACAAAUAUCAACACAUCCCAUGUCUAUACAUUUGACGACUUUUUGCGUGUCAUUGAUGUCCGACGCGAGUAUGACAUCAAAAAUGUGGUCAAAGUGUUUAAGCGGUUGAUGUGUGCCAGUGAGAUAUGUGAGCAGGAUAAAGUUAUUUUACUGAAAUACGGUGCAUCAGAGGUGCACUGUAUGCGGAGUAUUACAUACUAUGAUUACGACACUCAAAGCUGGACAACAAACUUGGAUGACAAGAAUGCAUUGGUUUUGAGUAUGGAUUUUGUCCGUCAGACUGAACCCCAUAAUGAAACUCAUAUAUUAUUCCGAGAUUAUGUGAAUACUAUGUAUAACGAAAUCGACUCCGAUAUCAACAUGACGGCUAUAGUCCUUUUCAAUCCCUACCGACCGGGACUUAAAUACAAGGAAAUUGUAAAGUAA